CUGAGCGCAAGCAGUGGUCGCUGGUUAAUGUAGUUAUGGUUCAACCAUAAAUCUGUGGUUCAGCAAUCACACUUUCGUUGGCACUGCUUUGCACGUUGUGUUCGUUAGCUUUGUUAUGAUGGCUCCGACGUUAUCUUUGUCGAGGCAAACAUGCUGUGUUGCCGGGUGUACCAACAGCUAUGCAAACAUGGCGAGUUCUGGUGAAACCAUCCAAUUUUACCGAUUCCCGAUGCGGCCUUUCUACCUUGAACGACGCAAUGUUUGGAUAUCUGCCGUCCGCAAGACCAGGGGUGAUGACUGGGAGCCAAAACAUAACUCACGCAUUUGCAGUCACCAUUUUCAUGGAAAUCGAAAGUCGGACAACCCCAGGAACCUAAACUACAAUCCAUCAAUCUUUCCACAGCCACAGAAGCAAAGGGCUCCCUGCCACAAGCCAGAACUUGUUUCACAGCCACAGUUGCAAAGGAAAAGGACAUGUGCUCCUGAAUUUCGAGGUCGCCGUAGGCCGUUGAAGAAAAGGAGGGCAUGUGCCUUUGAGCUGCAGCAUACCAGCACAAACGAUUGCGGAGAUUACGACCAGCCAACUGCUAGUCCAGGGUCUCCUACGAUUGAAUUUGAUGGCAAAAAUCAAGUGGAAAGAUGUGAGGUCGGAACAAUGACAUCACUUGAAGUUCGCGAGGUUGGCACCAUGAUGCCAUUCAAAGAUUGUGAUGAGCGUCGUAGAGUGAAAAGACGACACAUUGGCACAGUGACAUUUUUGCAGCCUGGAGAGCUCCCUUGCCGGCCUUAUGCGUUCUUCUGUGUCUCAGAUGGCAGAAAUGCAUCCACACAGACUUGGUGCAAAUACAUUUCAGUGCAGUCUACUCAGACUCAUACACCUUUUGCUACAGCACCACCACCACCACCACGUGGUCGCUCACUGGUGGCAGUUAGUAAUGCAGCCGUAGGGCCAGACCAUAAGUCAGUGUGCUUUGCCAGAGCACAGGCAACAGCCUCACAUGGUUGCUCACUGGUGGGGGUCAGUAAUGCAAUGGUGGGGCCAGACCACAAGUCAGUGGGUUUUCCUGGAGCACAGUCAGCAGCAGCAUCCUGUGAUCGCCCACCGGUGACUGUUAGUAAUGUGGCGGUGGGACCAGACCACAAGACAGUGUGCUUCGUUGGAGCACAGUCUAUGCACCAAGAUGAUGAAUCUAUGCAAAGCCUCUGUGCGGUGACUGCAACCAUGUUCGCACUUCUGGUGAGCAUCAUUCCCAAUGCAAGAACUUUCCAUGACAUCUCCAAAGCUGACCGUCUCACACUCUUUCUGAUGAAAUUGAAAACUGGACUCACGUACGGUUCAUUGGCAGCACUGUUUGGUAUUCACCGCACAACAGUAGCAAGAUGUUUUCACAAUGUUCUGAAUGCACUGUUUGAAAAAACAUGUUCAUGGAUAGAGUGGAAGCAUAGCACUGAUGUGCUCUCUAAGGCACCAGACUACUUCAAGUUGCACUAUCCAAACUGCAAGAUCAUUAUUGACUGCACAGAGGCUCGGGUGGCACAGCCUGCACCAGUAGAGAUACGGGACUUUUACACCUGUUCUAAAGAAACAUUUUCAGCGAAGUUUUUGUUUGGAGUUGCCCCAAAUGGAGCUUUGACAUUUGUGAGGAGUGCAGGGGACAAAGGUAGUUUAUUAGAUGAGUUCACAGCUGCUGCCUCCCCACUGGAUCCCACAGAUGUUCUCCCUCACAAACCCUCUGCAAAAUCUGCUAGCUUGUCACAGUCAAGUGAAGUUCUGGUCACGCCUCCAUCUUCAAAUGGAGAAUGCUCAAACCCUGACAAAGUAGCUGCCGUCCAUUCAGUGUACAGUGUUCGUAUGCACGUGGACCGAAUGAUUCACAGGCUCAAGUUUUUUAACAUUCUGAACCUGCCACUUUCAUCUGAUCUUCAAGAUAACAUGGAUCGAAUUGUGCAUGUCAUUUGCAUUCUGGCAAACCUACAGGGUAGCAUUUUAAAAAGCAGUAAUCAUGUCGUCUGAAAGUAGUAUUUUCUUAUUGUUCAUGGCACAUGCAAAAAAAAUUCAUAGUUAUUUAUUUUGUUACUGCUGACAGUCAUUUUACAGCAGCUUCCUAUGCCGUGUGUCUCUCGGUACUGUGUAUCAUAUGAGAGCAACAUAUGAAAUAUCAAAGCUUUAACUUGUCACAGUUGAAUGAUCUCAAUGAUUUAUUUAUUGUUCUCACCUCUGUUCAAUGUGAAAUUGUACAAUAAAAGUGCAGUGCUCAUC